AUAGGCAGGAACCACCGGUGUUUAACAUAGCCAAGAAACCUUAUCAAGCGUCAGCAGUAGUAGCCUACUACUGCACCCGGAUUUAAACCCGGAUAGAAGUCUCGAUUAUCAUAGUGCUCUUGGUUCAAGAGCAUUACGUUGCAUUACUCAUUCAAGAAUUUUAGGAGCUUCUUGAGAGGUGUUAAAGAACAUCUGAAAUACGGAGUUUCUUCAGGAUACAUUCCCUGAAGAUGAACGAGUUUGAGAUCCACAAAGCUUGAGUCAGAGUCUGAGUCGUUUGUGAACUCUGCAAAGAUGAACAGCAAGGAGACAAACCGCCAGCAGGUCCAUCUUAGUCCGACUUCAUGGAGCAGGAUGCUGGUCGUAUCUUGCAUUGUACUAUGCCUCGUUGCUUCAAUUUCGUCUGAUGAAGAUUAUUAUAAAUUACUUGAUGUCUCCAGAGAAGCAACUACUAGAGAGAUUCGACAGGCUUUCAAGAAGCUGGCCCUCAAGAUGCACCCUGACAAAAAUCCAAAUGAUGAAACUGCCCAUGAAAACUUCCUGAAGAUCAACCGUGCUUAUGAGGUGCUGAAGGACGAGGACCUUAGGAAGAAGUACGACAAAUACGGAGAGAAGGGACUGGACGAGCAACAGGGUGGACGAUAUGAAAGCUGGAACUUCUACAGAUACGAUUUUGGUAUCUAUGAUGAUGAUCUGGAGAUCAUCACUUUAGACAGAGCGGACUUUGAUGCAGCAGUCAAUUCUGGAGAGCUGUGGUUUGUCAAUUUCUACUUCCCUCGCUGUUCCCACUGCCAUGAUCUAGCCCCCACGUGGAGGGAGUUUGCCAAAGAGAUGGAUGGAGUGAUUAGGAUCGGUGCUGUAAACUGUGGCGAUAAUGGAAGACUCUGUCGCAGCAAAGGCGUCAACAGCUAUCCCAGCCUUUACAUAUUCAAGACUGGAAUGAAUGCCGAGAAGUACUUUGGAGACCGGUCGAAAGACAGCUUAACUAAGUUUGCCAUGCAGUUUGUGAAGAGCAGAGUCACUGAGCUUUGGCAAGGAAACAUCUUCAAUGAGAUCGACCGUGCAUUUGCAGCCCGAAUAGGGUGGCUGAUUACGUUUUGUGCAGACUCGGGAGAUUGCCUAGAGUCUCAAACAAGGCAGAAAUUAGCUGGAAUGUUGGAGGGUCUAGUUCAUGUUGGCUGGAUGGACUGCUCCACACAGGCCGAGCUCUGUGAGAGCUUCGAGGUGACCUCGAGCACAACAGCAUUUUUCCCGCCUGGAAGCAUGCUGAAAGACAAAGGCAGUGUGCUGUACCUCCAGAGUUUGGACGCCAGGGAGAUUUAUGCCCAGGUGCUGCAGCGUCUCCCGGACCUUGAGACCCUCUCAAAGGAUUCCUUUGAGACAAAGCUGGCCCAUCAUCGCUGGCUGGUCAGCUUCACAUUUGGACAGACUGGGUUGGCCUCUCAUGAAUACAAGAAGCUGAAUGCCCUUCUGAAAGAUGAUCAUAUUCAGGUCGGUAAAGUCGACUGCCUCGCCGAGGCGGAGCUGUGCAGCUCCCUUUACGUCCAGAAGCCCAGCAUCGCCGUCUUCAAAGGUCGUGGCAUCCACGACUUUGAGAUUCACCACGGCAAGGAUGUGCUGUACAACAUCGUGGCCUUCGCCAAGGAGAGCGUGAAGGCCCACGUCACCACGCUGAGACCAGAGAACUUCCCCAGUCACGAGAAGGAGCCCUGGCUGGUGGACUUCUUCGCCCCUUGGUGUCCUCCUUGCCGCGCCCUGCUUCCUGAGCUGAGGAAGGCCUCCAUUCAGCUGGCCGGCCAGCUCAAGUUUGGGACGCUGGACUGCACCAUUCACGACGGACUCUGCAGCACGUAUAAUAUCCAAGCGUACCCGACCACCGUCAUCUUCAACAAAUCCAGCAUCCACGAGUACGAGGGCCACCAUUCGGCAGAUGGCAUCCUUGAGUUUAUUGAGGACUUGAUCAACCCAGUCGUGGUCACCCUGAACGCGGACACCUUCGCCGAGCUGGUGAAGAGGCGGAAGUCUGACGAGCUGUGGAUGGUGGACUUCUACGCUCCAUGGUGUGGCCCGUGCCAGGCCCUGCUGCCUGAGUGGAGGAGAGUGGCAAGGAUGCUGAACGGGAUGGUUCGCGUGGGCACGGUGGACUGCCAGAAGCACCACUCCUUCUGCCAGGUGGAGGGUGUCCGGGCCUAUCCCGAGAUCCGCCUCUACUCGCACAGCAGCAAGAGCCGCGACCAGUACCAUGGCUACAAUGGCUGGCACAGAGAUGCACACUCCCUGCGCACUUGGGCAAUGGGGUUCCUGCCCAAAGCGUCUGUGGACUUGUCCCCGGAGGACUUUAAGAACCGGGUCCUGGGGGGUACGGAGCACUGGGUGGUGGACUUCUACGCCCCGUGGUGCGGGCCCUGCCAACACUUCGCCCCCGAGUUUGAGUCUCUCGCACGGGUGAUGAAGGGCACUGUGAGAGCUGGGAAAGUGGACUGUCAGGCCCACUAUCAGACCUGCCACAGCGCCGGAGUCAAGGCCUACCCCACCGUCCGCUUCUACCCACACCUGGGCACCAAGAGGCGGGACCAGGGCGGCGAGCACAUCAACAGCCGCGACGCUGGCGUCAUCGCAGACGUCCUGCGGCAGCGCCUGCAGCAGCUAUCGCCAUGGUUACAGGACAAGUCCUCCAAACUCAAGGAUGAACUAUAAUACAUGUAGGGGCAGAAUGGAUUAGAGAUGAAAAAAGGAAAUCACAGAUGCACACAUUCAAACAAAAGACUCUGCUCAGAGGUUUGUUUAUGGUUUACUGCAAAGGAUCAUGGGAUACGAGUCCUCCAUUUGAAUUCUUGUCUGUUCCGACGUCGUCUGGGAGCAAGCUUUUCCCAGAAUUGACACACCUCGCCUUGCAGAAGACGUCUCACCAAAAAAGCAUUACUGGUUGAGGAAGAGGAUGCCAGUGUUUCAUACAAUGCCUGUCCAAAACACUGGACAUCUGUCCUUAUAAUCUGAAUGUACUGUUUGAUCAUGUCGUGAUUAUAUUUAUGAGUUUGUACAACGAUGAUGGGCAAAAGCUACUGUCAUUUUUAUCUGAGAACUGUAACAGUGUUUUUUUCUGAGGGUCUCAACUGGCUUUAGUGUUGUAAUGAAGUUGAGAAGUGAAUACUGUAUGCAUUUGUACCUGCUCGUCCUUGUAUCUCAUGGACAAAUGAGAUUUGUUACCAUAAUGCACAGAACCACACAACGUUACUUUUGUUCUUACAGGAACCACUAUUUAUUAGGCAUGAAGAAUCCAGAACACACCCCAGUGUGCCUAAGCUGAUUAAAGGUUUUCUACCAGAACUCUGGUUAUUAAAACAGGACACCUCUAUCUAGAAACAUGUUAACAUGAACUAUUAGGCUACUGUCUCCAGUGUCACUUUUACACAACACUCUUUGAUCGUUUGGUUCACUUAGUCAUUUCUGUUUAUUUGCACAGAGCUUUUUAGUAAA